AUGCUGGUGAUAGAUUUGACUGUCCAAGAUCCAGAUCCAGAAAUAAAAAACCAACUAAACACAUACUUUAAGCUUAAUGAUUUGCAUAUUGUAACUGAGGAGAAACUUGAAGAUUCAGAAAUUGUUGAAAUCAGUUUGGAUAAAGCAAAUCAGCAUGAAAAUAGAGAUCUUGAUGACUCGGAUAAGGAACAACCAGAAAUUCUUAUUUCAGAAGAACAAAUGGGCUUAAAUAAGUUUAUUAGUUUUUUUGAACAACAAAUUGAUACAAAUUUCAAACCUGAAGAUAUCAAAAUUUUUUAA